AGACUCCAAAUUCAUCAUCCACUGGUUAUUGUGAUGAUGCUGAGGUCUGCAAAGCUGUGAUAGACAAAUACGCAUUUUAUAGCCUUAUUUCCUCUUUUUUAAUACUUAACAUUAAGCGAGUUUACUCCUUAACUGGCUGAAUUACUGAAAAAGAAAUCACAAACUUGUGAACAACUGAACAACUUUUGAAACAGACAACUAGACUACAGUUGUAAGCGACUGGUAUCAUGAAGAUGACCUGGGGCCUGUGCCUGCUUUGUUUGGCCGGGGGUUUAAGAGCAGUCCAUGCAGGUCCCGUCAGGAAGACCGGCAAGAUGGCAGACAAGGCAGUGCCACAGGAAGAAGUCAACGUGCUCAUGUUUGGUGUCAUACAGUUCAGCGAAUCCCUUAACUAUAUUUACGAAACAACUGAGGCAAAGAUAGCUAAAAUCAGCCAGACUUUGAGGAGCCAUGAGGGGACUCUCCAAAGGCUGGGGAGGCAGACUGAACAGGCUGCAGAAGUGGAGAAGCAGAUUAAGGAAGUGAUACAGUUGCUACAGGCCCAGAUGGCUAAGCAACAGGCUCAGACCAAGACGACUAAAGACUGGCUGGCCAGCAUGGAGCAGGAAGUGGUGGAGCUGAAAACAAAAGUGAAGAAGUUGGAGAUGUAUCUCAACACCAACAUCAGCAUCAAAGAGCUGCAGGAGAGAGCAAAAGAGCAAUCCAACAUCUUACAGGGUUUACAGCAUCUGACCCAGUUGCAAAAAGAGAAUGUUGAGAGUCAGAAUGAGCAGCUCUCCAAACUGCAGACAAUGAGUGAAACUAUGACAUAGUUGUUUUAAGAUUCACUGCUGAGGUCUCCCAGUCUACGCAGAUCUCAACUCUGUAACGGCACUCCCAUCAAACCCUGCAAUGUGUGCCAUAGAUCUACUCUAUGGCCAGAAAAUAUUUUUUAUUAGUACUCUUAGGAUUAUGUCCUUGUUGUAGCAGCUCUCAUCUCUGUACUUAGUAAACGUUU